AUGAAAGCAUAAAACAUAUAAAAUUUACCAACAAAAGUUACAUAAUUAAUUAUAGUGAUACUUGAACCCCCUUAUAAUAAGUUUGUUAUGAAGAGAGGUAUUAAUCUUUUGCUUGAAAUAAUUUGUAUAAAUAUUAAUUAUAAUGAGAGAAAUGAUUUCUUUAUGAAUUGGCCAAGCUGGCCUUUAAAUAGGAAAUUCGCUUUGCAAUUAUUCUAUUUAGAAUAUAAUAUUCAAUUAGAUGGAACUGUUCCAACUGAUCGAAUAUUAGAAGGUCUAAAUUCACAAAUUGAUUCUCUCUUUUCAUUGUCUUAAUAUGGAAGUUUGUUCCAAGAGCUAUUUUCUUUGAUGAAGAUCCAACAACAACAAACUCUUUGAAGAAUU